AAUCUUCGUUUCUCGCGCCGCCAUUGAAAUCGGCGAGAGGUGGUGACGAUCGUUUGUAAUUCGUCAUUCUUCCUCACUCUCCGCGACGCGUUCUCCUCCCUCUCUCGAAAUCGCAGAUCUCUGGAGUCCUUCCCUGAAAAUAACUCUUAUCUCGUCUUCAUCGGUAGAGAUUAUCACAAGUGAUCGUGCGUAGCGGCUUGAUAUACUUUAUAUUAGAGGUUGACAAAAGGUGCGUAGCAGCUUGAGAUACUUAUAUUAGAAGUUGAAAUGAGGUGCAACGCCUGCUGGAGGGAAUUGGAAGGCCGUGCCAUUUCCACCACUUGUGGUCACUUAUUAUGUACUGAAGAUGCCAACAAGAUUCUCAGUAAUGAUGGUGCAUGCCCCAUUUGUGAACAAGUUCUCUCCAAGAGUCUAAUGAAACCUGUGGAUAUCAAUCCAAAUGAAGAAUGGAUAAAUAUGGCGAUGGCUGGAAUUUCUCCACAAAUACUGAUGAAGAGUGCAUACCGAAGUGUAAUGUUUUACAUUUCGCAAAGGGACUUAGAGAUGCAGUGCAAAAUGAAUAGAGUUGUUGCGCAGUGCCGUCAGAAAUGGGAGGGUAUGCAAGCAAAGUUCAGCGAGAAAAUGGAGCAGGUGCAUACAGCGUACCAGAAGAUGGGCAAGAGGUGUCAGAUGAUGGAGCAAGAGGUAGCAAACUUGACCAAGGAUAAACAAGAGCUCCAAGAGAAGUUCUCAGAGAAAUCAAGACAGAAGAGGAAGCUUGAUGAGAUGUAUGACCAGCUAAGAAGUGAAUAUGAGUCAGUCAAACGCACAGCCAUACAGCCAGCAAAUAACUUCUAUCCACGACACCAGGAGCCUGACUUUUUCUCAAACCCACGACUUAAUAUGAUGGAGAACAGAGAGGCCACUCGCAAAGACCGGUCGUUUUACUCUCCUGGAACACCAGGACCUAGAGAUGAGAUAUGGCCAGCAAGACCGAACAGUUCAAACUCGGGUCCAUUCGACAUCACUAACGACUCACCCGCAGUUCCAGCUGACCUUGGAAACAGAAGAGCUGGAGGAGGUAAUCCUGUAUUUGGUGGUGUCGGUGGCAGUUCUAAUCCCCAGUCUACUCUACGAAACCUUAUUCUCUCCCCUAUUAAACGCUCUCAGCUCUCUCGUUCCCGCCCUCAACUGUUCACGUUAUGACUUAUACCUUAAGGGACAAGCUCAAGUGCUCUGAACCUGCCUUGGUGGAAGUGGGAGGCAUAAGUUGUCACGACCAAGAUGUGACUCUUCUUUUUUAUAAUCUUACUGUCUUAGUAAGUAAAAUCUGAGAGAGUGUUGGAUCUGAGAAAAAGAAAAACUCUCGUCUAAUAAAUAAUACUGAUGAAUCAUGCUUUAGUAGAAUCAAUGUAGUGAAACUACCUACGAGGAUGUAAGAUACAGAGCAAACAUAAAAAGACAUUUUGUAAAAACAA